AUGGCCGACGUCGACAAAACCUCCCUCGCCGCCUCCUCCAUCGAGCGCCGCGACUCCCUCGAAAAGCAUCUCCAGCACCGUCCUGAUCCCGAGGAUCUGCGCAGCAAGCAUAUCCUCGUUGAUACGAAUAUGGCUCCGUCUUCGGAAACGGCUUUCCCGGGUACACUUGAGCGUCGACGGACUUCGGAUAGUUUGCAGAGACAUCUUGAGCAGAGGCCUGAGAGGGAGGAGUUGGUUGAGCGAAACAUCCUCCCCUCCGUAAACGCAGCACCGGCCAUCCAAGCCCAAGCGCGCGAAUUGCAGAAACACAUGCGUGCGGAUAGUCUCGAGCAGAAGAUCCAACAUCGCCCGCAGCCGGAGAUGCUCAUUGCGCAGGGGAUUCUGGAGGAGAGUGAGGAUCCUAGGAGUCCUACUAAUUAA